AGUUGAAAUACGAGUAAAACCGACAUCAUCAAGACCGGUAAAUUUCCGUAAUGUGGCCUUCGAAGAUGACAUGGCAUCGGUACAUCCCGAUGAUCUCUAUGCAGCACAGUUUGAGGCCUUUGGUACCACACCGCCACGGACACGAUUGAAAAACAAGAAUCGGGAUUGGGAGCGGAAACAAAAAUCUCUAGCUACAGCGUCAACGGGAGGAGCCGUUGAUUCACCUGUAACACCCAAACGGGGAAGUUCACGCAUGACCCGAUCCCGUGUGCUUCGACGCAACACAAUGGACUGUGCAUUGCUGAAUGAAAUGUUUGUGAAUGAGGAUAGUGCCACAAAGAGGGCGGAUAAACGGGCCCAGGCUUUAUUACGUGAAUCGGAACGUGAAUUAAAGAACUCGUUGGCCUUAACCUCAGCAUCGGUCGUCUUAAGUAAUUAUAAUCCAAGGGUUACAAGUUUUCAUGAAAGUUCACACAAUCUGGAGGCCAUGGAUAAGUGUACACCCUUGAAUAAUGAAGUCACUCUGAGAUAUCAACAGCCCAAGGUAGUGGAAUCAUGUAAUCGUUAUAUGAGUGUAUCAUCGCGACCGACCGGUUGUCGGGCCUCAGCGCCGCCACAGGCAUUUGCCCAUAAUCUAUGUUUGGGAUUUCAAUCGACACCGGGUUUUAAGUUGCGCAAAGAGUUCCAUGAGACCUUUGCCAAUCUCAUUAAACUGGGCAGUGUGGAUCGGCAGGAUGCCAAGAUUUCCCAUGAGGAACACACCUGGCAGACCGAAGUCAAAGAUCUCAUUUGGCUUGAAUUGCAGGCCUGGCAAGCAGACCGCACCCCUGAACAACAGGAUAAAUAUUUAUUUGCAGCACGUAAAGAUGUACCGGAUUUGUUGACACAAAUCAUUAACUAUCGAUUCCAGCCUCGUUUUCGCAGGCAAGAAAGUGAAUUUAGUGUAGAUAGUGGCCUGGGGACAGAUAGUAAUGCUAGUUCUCCACAACCCCAAAAAUUCUGUGAAGGCUGUUUGUCGUUGUACUGCAAAGAUUGUACCGAUCAACAGGAAAUCGCCAUGAAAGAAGUCGAAGAGCUAUUGACACGUUUAGAAGCAGCUGAGGCCCUAUAUCCCUCAUCACAGGCUAUGGGCGCCUUUCAUCCCAUCUACCGAAGUGAAUCAUUUGUGGGUCGCAUUAAGACAAUGUGCCUUUGGUAUAAUAUAACGAAGCAAGCCCGUCUUAAAUUAACAAUAUUGGGUAAAAUUUUGGCCCGUCUGCAGGGUGAGAAGUUCUCAUGGCCUGUACAGACAUCAUAUACUGCAACGGAGUCCAGUAGUGGUAAUUCAUCAGCUUCGGGUAUGGAGAAUGAAGAUUCGGGUAUGAAUUCAAUUGAUUCGACACGUUCGUCAUCGCAUCGUAAACUGUCGUCGACCAAUGCCAUGGGUCUACCAAUGCCCAAGGUACAAUUUCUAUUGAACGAUGUGGCACAUGUGCCCGGCGAUACAACAAGCAGUAAUGAAUCCUCAUCAACGGAAAUCAGUCAAAUAUCGGAGAGUAUUUCUUCAACCUUAUCCGGACAUUCAUUUCGUAAAAAUUCCAUUCACGAUUUAAAUAUAUUCAGUGUAGAACCGCUGCGUAAUGGCAGCGGUACCAAUCCCGAACAAUCAUCGGCAUUAUAUCGUAAAUUCAUUGAAAAUGUUCUGAAGUCACGUGGCCUAGCCAAGUCCCUAGCAUUUCUACACAAACUGCAUAAUGUUGUAAUGUGUAAGGCACAAAUUUCUCUGGAGAAACCCGGCACUGAGGAUUAUGAUUUUGAGACUGAAAAAAUCGAAGAAGAUGUUCCACGAUUGGAACCGGACAUUAGCCAAGAACAAAUUGAAGAGCUACGCCGCUAUGGCUAUUGGAGUGAAGAAUACAAAUCGAUCAAUUUGCCAACAUACAUUCCCAUAUUUGUAUUUCUAAGUGGUGUCCCGCUGCAGUUUAUGCAUGAAUUUAUGCGUAUGCGUUUGGAGACACGACCACCCAAACCGAACCCCUUGAGUUUGGAACAAUUAAUGAAAGAGUUGAGGGAGGGUCUUACCUUGGCGUUAACACACCGAGAACGCUAUCAACGGCACAUUACCACUGCCCUGGUCGAGAAUGAACAUGAACUAGAACGAUACACCAGCAUUUUGAAUCAAUACGAUGCCACCGUAAGGAAAGUAUUCGAAUUAUAUUUGGAAUAUAUUGAUCAGCUGGUGUUGGUGGCGUGUCCGGAAAACAAUCAAAAAUCCGCCUUGGAAAAGGAAUGGAUGUUCACGAAACUGAUAUCGCCCAUGAUAUCGGGUAUGCAUACACUGGCAGCGAAAAAAUUCUGUAAUAUUAUACGUAAUCUUCUGAAGGGUAUAUCGGAACGAUUGGUUAGCCGUUCCGAGGAAUUGGAUAUACAAAUUGAGGGCACCACGGCACAGAAUCUCGAAACGGAAUUAAAAUGGCAGGUAUUGACAAUAUGUCGUGAAACACAAUCGCUAUUCACGGUGGAACGUGAAAGUUCGGUAAAGGUGCUGUUCUUUGCCAAGACCUUUUGUCGUGAUGUCGAAUCGGCCGAUUUUCAUAGGGAACACUAUGAAAAUGAUGUCGAUGCCAAUGGCACGCAAUGUGAUUUUGUUUGUGAAGAGGCCAAAGAUGCAUUUAAGCUGCUGCAAAGAGAUGUUUUGGAUGUGCGAAAUAAGCUAACCAAAAUUAUUGAGAGGGUCCAGGAGAGAUGUUCACCCAUGCAUGUUAUGGAUUUGGAUGAACAAGAUCGCCAAGCUGUACUCUCACGUACCCGUGAAAUCCUCCAUCAGGGCUAUAAGUUCGGUUUUGAAUAUCACAAAGAUGUAAUCCGACUCUUCGAACAUCGAAUUAUGGCCACAAAAAAUGAAGGCUUUGAGGAGGAAUUGUCACUGGGCAUUGUCACCUUUGCCAAAAUGUGGAUGCAAUUUGUCACCGAACGUUGUGAACGUGGUCGUGGCAUGCGUCCACGAUGGGCGUCACAAGGUCUUGAGUUCCUAAUAUUGGCAUGUGAUCCUCAGAUUACACGGCAUUUAGACGAAACCCAAUUUGAAGAUUUAAAAAAGAAAAUGGAUCGUUGUAUAUCUCAUGUCAUCGGAAUAACUUCGGAACCAGAGAAAACGCGAAAGAAAGCCUCUCCUAGAACAAGGAAAACAUCAUCGCCCGCCACUAGUCGAUCGCGUACUCCCACAAGAUCACCAAUGUCAGCUGGUAUUGUGGUGAACAAUACAACGUCACAACAAUCACCGCAAUACAACAAAUUCCUACAUCCCCAAUUCAGUCAUCGGGAGGAAAUUUUCAGUCGCACCGAGUCGUUGGACUCAACAGAUUCCACUUCCACGCUGGAUGUCACCAGCAAAAUGGGUGAUUUGCGUCUAAUCGUACCGACGGCAAUAAAUGAAAAGCCCAACACACCGCCAACACCACCCACCAAUCCCAAUCAAGUUGGAGCCGAUGCCUCACUUGCCCUACGACAAAUACGCAUUCGCGAUGCCAUCAAUCGUUUAGAUUUGGAUCUCGAUGAACGUUUGCGUGAACGUAAUCUAAUCGGUCAGAUUAAGGCGUUAAAUUCCUGCGAUAAAGUACAAAUUCGGGCGCGCAGUGUCCAUUUCCGUUGGCAUCGUGGCAUUAAAAUCGGCCAGGGUCGUUUUGGUAAAGUCUAUACGGCGGUCAACAACAACACCGGCGAGCUAAUGGCCAUGAAAGAAAUCGCUAUACAUCCCGGCGAGACGAGAGUCUUAAAAAAUGUUGCCGAAGAAUUGAAAAUUCUCGAGGGCAUCAAACAUGAAAAUCUUGUCCGCUAUUAUGGCAUUGAAGUACAUCGCGAAGAGCUGUUAAUAUUUAUGGAAUUGUGUUCGGAGGGUACACUAGAGUCGUUAGUCGAAUUGACAGGUGGUUUACCCGAAGGUCUGACACGUCGUUUUACCUAUCAAUUGUUGUCGGGUGUUUCGGAACUGCAUAAACACGGUAUUGUGCAUAGGGAUAUAAAGACUGCUAAUAUAUUUUUGGUUGCCGGUGGUAAUAGUCUGAAGCUGGGCGAUUUUGGUUCGGCUGUAAAGAUACAAGCUCAUACAACAGUUCCGGGCGAAUUGCAAGGUUAUGUUGGAACACAGGCUUACAUGGCUCCUGAAGUUUUUACAAAAACGAAUAGUGAUGGUCAUGGCAGAGCAGCUGAUAUUUGGUCUGUUGGUUGUGUCGUGGUUGAAAUGGCCUCCGGCAAGCGUCCUUGGGCACAAUUCGAUUCCAAUUUCCAAAUUAUGUUCAAAGUUGGUAUGGGUGAAAAACCAGAAGCACCCGAGACCUUGUCACAGGAAGGUCAUGAUUUCAUUGAUCAUUGUUUGCAACAUGAUCCAAAGGAUCGUAUGACCGCAUAUGAAUUGAUGGAGCAUAAUUUUUGUAAAUAUGGCCGUGAUGAAGAUUUCAAUGCCGAACAAUUAGCUGAACAGGGACGACGUUCAUUCCGACGUAAUAUUCGAAUGAAAUGAGAAAAAAAUGCAUACUGUUUUUUUUUCUUUU